AUGAAGGACCAACCCGUCCUAACAUUAACUUAUGUGACAUUUUUACUCAGAAACCCAAAAGAAAGAAAGAUUAAGAAAAAGGGUAGCCUCAGAGCAAAAUCAGAAAUCCCAACAAAUCCAAACUAUCUCUAUGAACGAAAUUAUCCAAAAGCAAACCCAGACCCUGGCUCAACCCCAACCAGAAGAAAGAGUAACAAAAUCUCUAUUCUUCAAACACGUGAAGAUAAAUUAGAAAUCUCUCAAGAAACAUACAGUAGCAAUAAGGAUGACUUUUUCAAUACUUACAAAAGUGAGGACGAUUUGGAAAAGGUCGAAAGCUAUUAUAUGGAUAGAGGCCAAACUGAUGAUAAGAAAUUGUACCUCAAUCCCUGGGAAAAUGUGUAUAGCCCUGCUAUAUAUUUAACCGCUAUUAAAGAAAUUUCUACUCCUAAUAUUAAUAAAAAACCCAAACCAACCUUUGCCAAAAUAAUUAAUGAGUUA